ACCACUACUACUACUACUACUACUACUACUACUACUACUACUACUACUACUACUACUACUACUACUACUACUACUACUUCUACUACUACUACUACUACUACUACUACUACUACUACUACUACUACUACUACUACUACUACUACUACUACUACUACUACUACUACUACUACUACUACUACUACUACUACUACUACUACUACUACUACUACUACUACUACUACUACUAA